UCUUCUCAAAAUUACUUAUCAAAACUCUCUCUAGAGUCUAGAGUAGGGCAUGGCGGCAUCCGCCGCUAGCUUCCCGAGUCCGCCGUUGCCGCAGUUCCGCGCCGUGCAGAAAGAUUCCGUCCAAGGCCUAUUCAUCCUGCUCAUAAUCAGCUCGUUAUUUUUCUUUUUAUAUUCAUUUUCUAGCACAAAACAUAGCAUUCACCCUCCUAAAGCUAAUCUACCACUUCAACAACCGUGGUCGCACGUUAUGCACAACAACCCUUUCAUCUCUCGAGAAUCAUUCAAUCCGCGGGUGGACAAGGAUGGAGACGACAACAAUCAUGAAUUGCCAUUGCCGAUGAAAAGAGGUCGUGAUGAUGACUAUACAUUCCACCAGAGAAGUCUAUUCAUGGAAGACUACGCAGAGAUGAACAAGAGCAUGAAAAUAUACAUGUACCCACACAACAAAAAUGACCCAUUCGCAAACGUGCUACAGCCGACGGAUUCUGAGCCAGAGGGGAACUACGCAAGCGAGGGCUACUUCAAGAAAGCCCUCUUCAAAAGCCAUUUCCUCACAAACGAUCCUUCCGAAGUGCACCUCUUCUACCUCCCUUUCUCUAUCGCGAGCCUCAGACAAGAUGAGAGAGUAGGCAUUGGAGGGAUUCAAUCUUAUGUCAAGAACUACGUUCAAGACAUUAGUCGAAGCUACCCCUUCUGGAACCGGACAGGCGGCGCAGAUCAUUUCUACGUCGCCUGCCAUUCCGUGGGGCGAAACGCCAUGGACAAGACGCUCCAAGUUAAACUCAACGCGAUUCAAGUGGUAUGCUCCUCUAGCUACUUUUUGCGCGGCUACGUCUCCCAUAAAGACGCUUCUAUACCGCAGAUAUGGCCCAGAAGAUAUCGUCCACCAAUCCACCCACCAUCUAACAGAGAUAAUCUUGCAUUCUAUGCUGGGGCAAUGAAUUCGCGGGUCCGUGAGUAUCUGGUGAAGACGUGGGUGAACGAUUCAGAGAUCUCAGUGCACCCGAAACGCCUCAAUACUUCAUACUCGGAGUCUCUCCUGAGGAGCAAGUUCUGCAUCCAUGCUAAUGGAUUUGAAGUGAACACAGCUCGAAUAGGGGAUGCUUUGUAUUAUGGGUGUGUUCCUGUAAUUUUAGCAGAUCAAUAUGAUCUUCCAUAUGCAGACAUAUUGAAUUGGGAGAGUUUCUCGGUUGUUUUGUUGGUUUCGGACAUUCCGAUCAUGAAGGAGGUUCUUAGAGAAAAGGUUAGGUCGGGUGAAUAUUUGAAGUUGCAUAGGAAUGUGAUGAGAGUGCAGAAUCAUUUUCAGUGGCAUAGUUUGCCGGUUGAUUAUGAUGCAUUUUACAUGGUUAUGUAUGAGUUGUGGCUUCGAAGAAGUCAUGUGAAACUUAAUAUUUAA